AUGGCCGCAGCCGCGAUGCACCACCUCGUCCCGCACAGCAUGCGCAGCUCGCACAACGACGACCCACACCACCACUAUUCGCAACAGAUGGCGCAGCGCGAGCAGGAAAAGCACCAUCUGGCCGCCUGGGAGGCAGACAAGCAGACGCUCGAGCCCGACGUCGUCGCCCAGGACCCGGCCAAGAAGCGCGUCGGCCACUCUUCGCGCCACCUGCGCUGCGAGGACUUUGAGCUCAUAAAGACUCUGGGCACCGGGACGUUUGCGAGAGUCUGGCUUGCGCGCCUGUCCAGCUCUCGGCAAGGCGACGCGGACAAGGUCUUUGCGCUGAAGAUCCUCCGCAAGGUCGACGUGAUCCGCCUCAAGCAAGUCGAGCAUGUGCGCAACGAGCGCAACGUCCUGGCCGCCGUUGCCGGCCACCCCUUCAUCACCACCAUGGUUGCGAGUUUCCAGGACCACGAUUCGCUCUACAUGCUUCUUGAUUACUGCCCCGGCGGUGAGGUCUUCAGCUACUUGCGCCGAGCACGUCGCUUCAACGAGCCGACCUCGCAAUUUUACGCUGCCGAAAUCGUGCUGAUUUUGGAGUUCCUCCACGAAAAGGAAGGCGUUGCUUACCGAGACCUGAAGCCCGAGAACAUUCUCAUAGAUGCAGAGGGCCACCUGAAGCUGGUGGACUUUGGCUUCGCGAAGAAAGUCGAAAACAGGGAAACGUACACAUUAUGUGGCACUCCCGAGUAUCUGGCACCAGAGGUAAUCAGGAAUACGGGCCACGGCUGCGCCGUUGACUGGUGGGCUUUUGGGAUCUUGGUCUACGAAUUCCUCGUCGGCCAGCCUCCUUUCUGGGACCAAAACCCCAUGAAGAUUUACGAGCAGAUCGUUGAGGGCAGAGUCCGCUUCCCGUCAGCCAUGUCUCCAGACGCACGAGACCUGAUCAGCAAACUGUGCACGGUCGACACGUCCAAACGGCUCGGUAACCUCAAGGGCGGUGCUGCAGCGGUGAAGUCACACCCCUGGUUCCGGCAUAUCGACUGGGAUGCGCUGUACCACCGCAAGGUGCAGGGACCGAUUGUACCACAUCUGCGUGGGCCUGCCGACACGCGGAAUUUCGAUGAGUAUGACCCGGAGCCCGAGGGCCGUGCACCGUACACGGAGGACAUGGCCAAGAAGUACGACGAGAUGUUCAAGGACUUCUGA